AUGUUCUUUACAGCUUGCCUCCUCGGCCUUCUCACUCUCCCGGUUGUUCGUGCAGAUGGCUGGGAUGAUUUCUCGAAUAACCUCGCGGCAGACUUAGCUCCAUUUCUAUCCCUAUUCGGUGAACAGAUUACGAAGCAGUAUCUCAGUGAGAGUAUUGCCACAAUCGAUUAUUUCAUCUUCGCAAUGGCACCAAUGGGCAUCCUGACCGCGAUCGUUUCGGCGAUUCGCGUGUGCGGGAGCCCGUCACUGCGUGCCUUUAUUGGCAGGGCACAAGAAGGAGGGGGAGUCGCCGAGGCAGAGCUGUGCUCCUCUACGAGUCGAGAUGUGUGCGAGCUCUACAACAAUGGCGGUAUCGCGCGAGUCUUUGGGCGCCCAAAAAUCCUUGAGGUUGUGUACGACCCCGAGCAUAACUUCGCAGACGAGAAAGCGGGUAUAUAUACAUUUCAAGAAUUUAUCGAAAAAAAUCCAAACAAAUGGACUCGGAUUCAACCCCCGGAAUACCCGGGUAACAAUGAGAUUAUGUCUGACUCUUUCGCUGAAAAUUUCUCUCCCAAUCUUUCUCUCAACGUUGGGAUCAAGAGAAAGCCUCCCGCUGUUUUCUGGGCAACGGCCUUGCUUGGCCUGGUAUUACAGAUCGGUGUUUUGGUCUUCGCAGUCCUUGUGACAUACUACUUUCGCUGGGAGAAAGAUGACAUUCAUCCAGAAUCGUAUGCGUGUCCGCUCACCAUCAUUGGAACUGUUCUCUUAUGUGAACAAGUGUUCCGCAGAAACCCAGACAGCGGAGACAAGAAUGCACCCAGAGAGACUCUAUAUUGGGUUCAGCCUGGAGGACAAGUGCUCGGGGAUCAAGUUUUUGACGCGUUCUGCUGCAGUGAUCACGGCGAGCCCCUACAGGAGUACAUCACUUCGUGGAAGAACCAGGUGAAGAUUUCCCAAAUUAUGGUUUGGACGGCUAUUGGUAUCUCUAUCACCGGCUUUGUGAUGCAGUUUGUUGGACUACGGGCCAUUCAUUCUGCAGUAUCUGUGGCCCAGCUUGGAGCCACCGUGCUGAUGAGUGCUGCUCGAGCCGCGCUUCGCAUGCAGCGCUUAAAGCCGGAAGAUAACUUUCUUUCUCAGCGCCCUGACGAGGUUGUUGGGCACGAGCUUGACUGGCUUGCCUUGCGACUCACAAGCUUAUCCACGUCUUCUUUGGAGAUUCUGUGGUACGCCUGGCAAAACACAUGGAAUCAUAGCCACGCUGCCACCCACUUAUAG